ACUAACCAGCCAGUUGUGCUCAGAGAUAGUCAGCUUGAAAGCAAUGGAGAAAGACUCUCUGUGCCUUUACCACCGCCGCCACCACCACCGCCGCCAUCACCACCACCACCAUGACUACAAGAGCGAAACAUGGCUGUUUUAAUGUCGGAACAUUUGGAGACGUGGGCGCUGUGAAGAAGGAUGAGAUAGCCACAGACCUCUUACAGACGGACAGCAUUGUCAAAGACAUCAAAACUGUCUACUCGGAAGGAAUAAUGAAGUCUGUGAACGGGGACAAUGGUUUAGCAGACUUUGAUAGAAACCAACUUUCGUUUCCAACCAACUUGUGCUCAGUGGCGCCAAACAAUGAUCCUAUCAACAGAUUGCAGGUUGUCGACAAUAUGUAUUUCCCCAAUUAUCACAGAGACAACACUGGAAUGACCAAUUAUCAUCGAGACAAUAGCAACAUUAGAAUGGCAAAUUCUCAUUGGGAUAGCAGCAACAUCGGAAUGGCAAAUUACAUGGAAAACAGCACCCUUGGUAUGGUUAAUUCUCAUAUGGAGAGCAGGAAUUUUGGAAUGGUCAAUUCUCACAGGGAAAACAGUAAUUUUGGAUUGGCCAAUUCUCAUAGGGAGAACAGUAAUUUUGGAAUGGUUAGCUCACAUAUGGAGAACAACAAUUAUGGAAUGGUGAAUUCACACAUGGAGAACAGGAACUUUGGAAUGGUUAGUUCUCAUAUGGAUAACAGUAAUUAUGGAAUGGUCAAUUCUCACAUGGAGAACAGUAAUUAUGGACUGGUCAAUUCUCAUAGAGAGAACAACUUUGGAAUGGUUAAUUCUCAUCUGGAGAAUAGGAACUAUGGAAUGGUCAAUCCUCAUAUGGAGAACAGUGCAUACAGAAUGACCAAUCCUCAUAUGGAAAGCAGCAACUUUGGAAUGGUCAAUCCUCACAUGGAGAGAAGCACCAUUGGCAUGGCUAAUUCUCAUAUGGACAGCAGCAGUAUUGGAAUGGCUAAUACUCAUAUGGAGAGAAAUGAUAUUGGAAUGGGAAGUUCCCAUAUGGAGAGGAAUGACAUUGGAAUGACCAGUUCUCAUAUGGAUGGUAGCAAUAUUGGAAUGGCCAAUUCUGAGACAGAGAGUAGUUCCAUUAUUGGUUUGGCCAAUUCUCAUCUCGAAAGCAGUAUUGGAAUGGUUAAUUCUAAUGUAGAGAGCAGCGGUCUAGGAAUGGCCAAUUGUCAUUCUGAGAGGAGCACAAUUGAAGAGGCCAGUUCCGAUAUGGAGAGGAACGAUAUUGGAUUGGCCAGUUCUCAUAUAGAGAGGAGCGAUAUUGGAAUGGUUAACGCUGAUGUAGAGGACAGCACAGUUGGAAUGACCAGUUCUCCUGUGGGGAGUAGUGACAGUGAAAUGACCGGUUCUGAGAAACAGAGCAACAGUGGAACUGGAAUGGUUGCCACAGGAUCUUUCUCUCCUCUCAGUGCUGUGGCCCUCACUACUACUACUACUGCUACUACUACCACCACUGCCACAACCACCAUUACCACCACCGCCACCACCACUCCCAUCAUCACUUCCACCACUCCCAUCAUCACUUCCACCACCACCAUCACCACUGCCCCCACCAUCACCUCUACCCCCACUACUACUAUGACAGCUGUCACUUUCUCUGGUGCUGUUUCAACUGAACCAGUCUUUAACAGCAGCAGCAGCCCUAGCUACAUCAACAUCAGCUUUAACUGCACCAAUACCACCACCAUCAACACAGGUAGUAGCUGCACUGCCACCACCACCACCACAACCGCUAGCUGCCCCACCACCACCACCACCACCACCACCGGCCCCAUCGACAAAGACAGCAGUAACAUCAUCAGCAUUGAUAGCAACACCUGCAACAACGAUGACAGCGACUGCAACAACCAAGGCCUAGACCCUCCAAUUGCGACCAUUGCUGCGGUUUACUCAGGGGAUGUUGUUACAGAGGUUGUUAGAGAUGCUCUGUUCUCUCCGAUAACUUUCGCUGGAGACACAUGCAACAGCAGUGGUGAUGUGACCAACUGCAGCAAUAAUGCAGGUAACAACAGCAGCAACAGCAGCAGUAGUAGUAGUAGUAGUAGUAGUAGUAGUGACACUGGUGGCAACGGUUAUCCCCAAAUCAGCGAUAUAGGCCUUUAUGAUAACAGCAAUGCUGACGAGAAGGGGGUGGAGGGAGUUGGCGAGGGCAGUGACCAACCCCGCUUGCUGUCGUGUACGCCGCCCCCUAUUUUGACAUGCGUUGAGAACAUGAAAAUGCCUGCUGCCACAGCAAGUCCUCCACCGUCUUCUCCACCAGAGCCUUUGUUCACCGUUCUUAAGAGCAGCCAAGAGAGCAUGAAACCCCCUUCCCCAAAACCCGCGUCCCCGAGCCCUGCACCUGUGGUGCUACCCUCACAGACUUUCAUCACGAGUUUCCUUACUAAAAUGACUGACACAAAGACACAAGGUCCCAGCAGUAGUGGUGGUGGUGGUGGUGAUAAUGAAAACGAUGAUGGUGGUGAUGGUGGUGGUGAUGGUGAUAGCUCACCGGUGGGAGACCUUGAAUGUCCUGCUGCUGUUUCCAACACCUUGACACAACCGGAGGAAGACUUUGGAGACGACAGUGCUCUUGUUAUUUGUGUUUCUGAUUCUGGAGUAGAGGGCAGCAGCAGCAGCACCACCACCACCACCACCACCACCACCGCCAGUAGCAGUAGUAGCAGCAGCAGCAGCAGUAGCAGCAGCAGCAGCAGCAGCAGUAGUAGUAGUAAUAAUGAUGAUAAUAAUUCUCUCCUUAUUGCCACAAAGGCAACAGAUGAGAAGACAUCACAGAAACAGAACGACACCGACACCACCACCACCACCAACAACAACAACAGUGUCAGCAACAAAGCUAAAGGCAUCAACAGCAACCACAGCAUUGCCAAAAGCAGCAAAUGUAAAACUAAAAUUAAAACCAAUGAUAAUAAUGAUGAUAAUAAUAAUAAUAAUAAUAAUAAUAAUAACAGCAGCAGCAGGAAAAGUGUUAUGACUAGUCUGAAGGAUGGUGCCAGUAAUGAUAAAGAAAGUGCGAGGAAGAACGAAUUAGAAAGUCUGUUUGUAUCUUCUCCAUUACUAGCCUCUUCAUUAUCAUCCAAACCACUGUCAUUGCAACACCAGCCUACCCCACCACUACCGCCAGCUCUCCCGCUCCUUCUCGUUCCCCAACCAACACAACCCUUGGAUGUUAUUGCAUCAGAAGGGAAACGUGAGGAGACGCUGGUUACCGAAACCAAGGUCAGUCAACAGACUUCAAGAACUUCCCCUGUUUUUAGUGCCCUUGCUAACUGCCCCACCAACCUACAGAAGCAUGACACUAGUCUCACUGAGAAACAAGCUCUCUCUGCUCCACCUCCUCCUCCUCCUCCUGUUGCUGUUUCAUCUUCCUACAGUCCGUUACACAUUUUACCUGAGGUCUCCACCUCUGACACACGUUCCUCCCCUCCUACAACGCCACCAUCUUUAACUCCUGCUUUUCAGCUCCCUUCCUCAGGAUUACUGCCGGCUCCAGUAGAUCAGGUGAGCAAGCCGACCCCAAAAGCCCGGAAAUCAGGUACCCCAGCUAACCAAUCAAACCAUUAUGUAAAGACUGUCAACCUUGCCCCGAUUGCCAAUAUCAGAAUUAAGUUACCUGUGAUUGAAAAUUCUUACAAUUCCUCACCAAAAUCUCCCCCCGCAAGCCCCUUAAAGAUCAGCAAAGUGAAUUCCUCGAAAUUUGAUUUCCCUGAUAAGGACGAACCCCUUUCCCUGUCUGACUCGGAAAACAGUCGAUCUAAGAGCAUCCGUCCUCGGAAAAGACGGUGGGGUACAUACGAUCUCCCUAACAAAAAACGGAAAAAAAUUUUUAAACGUAACAAUGAAAAUUCUGGUCAGGACGACAUGGACGAUGACGAUGACGAUGAUGAAGAUGAUGAUGAUGAUGUUGUCUCGCGAGAUGGUGAAGAUUUGCCAGAGAAAACCCCUUCUUUAGAGCCAGUCGAGUGUGAUACCAAAAAGACAAUUAACACUGCAAGUCCUGUAAUAAAAAACUCAUCCACUAUUUUGGAACUGUUGACUAAAAAGAGUCACACGGUGGCCACCGCUAAAGAAGAGAAUUCUGGCCCAAUCAUGCCACAUUUGCGGCGAAGUAGGGUGCCGUCUCAGCACAGAAGAUCUUCGACAAAAAGUGGCCAUACUGGCAAGACUGUUGCAGAACUUCUUCGAGAAAGCCAGGCCAAACAACUGGCUGCUAAAGAAUUUCACAACACCACAGCAGCACAUCAAUCGGCGCCUUAUCUACUCAAAGAAGCAGACAGAGUUAUAGAUAUUACGCAUAAAAUGGAUGACUGUGGGAAAGAGAACAGUGGCAGCAAAUUACCUGAGUUAAAAAAAAGUUUACAGAAUAUUUCACCAAAAACUGUGGUUUUGGGAUCAAAAUCAAACACUGUUAAAAAUUCAACAAAGAAGCCAGCAGCAAUAACAACAACAGCAGCAGCGCCACCUUCGAGCCCCUUAACGACGUCCACAACGACGACGCCGACGACAAUCACGACGACCACCAACACCACCUCCUCCAUCACAAGUACUUCCAGUUACCGCACACUGCCCAACCCCCCCACAACACCCAUUAAUGUGGUUAUGACCAGCGAGGGAGCGAAAGUAUCGAUCCUUGGCCAAAUGGUUGCUGCUGCUCCUAUUUAUUCCACCCCUUCGACAUCGUUGACGUCCCCUGGCCUGAGGUCACUGCUGGGUCCCAACACUGUAGCAUUACCUCCUACCCCACCAAAAACACUUGAAAACAACCAUUUAGUGUUGAAUGAAGUGGUGUCUGCCAAAGGAAAUAGGCACACACCACACUGGACACAUCCUUACAGAGGCGGGAAGGCACAUACACACAUCACCCGGGGCAGACUCAUACAUACCAAGGGCCAUUCAGUGACAUCACCACAAGUUGUUGUUCCUCUUUGUUGUUGUAAGAUAAAUGGUGUCACAUUUAAAAAACUACCUGCAGUCACGUAUUGUCAAGCCUUAGAUUCCAUUGAUGGCAAGGUGAUGGGUUGCUGUAACAAGGUGACCAACAGUCUGUUAGUACGGCCAGCCAUCAAGAUCCCGUUCAUGGCAGUUUGUGAGUUCCACCGACAGUCUCUCAAACAACACCAGUGUUGUCCUGGCUGUGGACAUUUCUGUAUGCAGGGACGCUUCUACCAGUGUCGGAAACAAGGUGGCUCUACUAUUCACAAUUUCCACAAACAGUGUCAGCUGUUCCUUGACAACAAAUCUUACUGUCCCCAUUGUGGAGAAGAGUCGUCACAGUAUGAAGUGAUGUUAACUCUUAACGAACCGAGAAUCAUUAGUACGAUAGAAGAGAAAACAGUUACUCAGCUGGAGCCAUCGUUACCAAAAUCAAGGGCGAAAUUGUCAAUUCAUUUAAAAACUUACAAAGCUCAAGAGAAGAAGUCUUGUAAGUUAGCAAGUGUGGAGGAAGGAGAAAAGAAGGUUACAUUUGAACCGUCAGCAUCUUCAUCACCAACUGUAUUCACCUCAGCUGGAAUUCCCAAAGGCAAAGACAGAGAAAUUUUAGAAAAAUGUUUUUCUAUUUUGGAACAAGAAAGACCUAAAAAGUACCGAACUUUACCGAAAUCUUUGUAUAAUCCAUGUAAAGAAGGUGAUCUAGCCAAAGUUAUUUAUAUGUUAGUUGAUGGAGCUGAUCCCAACAAGAGAGAUCCAGACAAUGAUGACCAGACAGCUGUCCAUGCUGCAGCAAUUAAUGGUCAUCUUGCUAUCAUACAUGUGCUCAUUCAAGUAAGAACAUGUUUAUUGUUGUUGUUGUUGUUGCUAUUAAGGCAGCGAGCUGGCAGAAUCGUUAGCACACCAGGCGAAGGUGAAGAUGGUAUGACUUGUCUGCACAUGGCUGCCAAAGGAGGCUACAUUGAUCUCAUGGAGUUUCUCUUGUCUACGCGGAAAGCCGACGUCAAUGUCCAGGAUGAUGGUGGUUGGACCCCAAUUAUUUGGGCAGCAGAGCACCGAAAUGUUGAAAGUGCCAAGUUCCUUAUUCAGCGUGGGGCUGAUCCCACAUUAAAGGAUAAUGAAGAGAACACGGGGCUACAUUGGGCUGCGUUCUCAGGAAGUGUUGAGAUUGCAGAAUUAUUUUUGGAUUACGGCUGUGAACUAGAAUCUCCAAAUGAACACGGAGAUCGGCCCCUACAUAUAUCAGUUAGACAAGACAAUUAUGAAUGUGUUGUGUUGUGUCUCUUACGUGGGGCUGACAUUAGUGCUCGCAACAACAUCAACCAAUUACCAUCAGACUGUUGUCUGGACCAGAAAAGUAAUGUGUGGAUGGCACUGAACGUAAACAAGGAGCUGAGAGAUUUGGCCUCAAAGAGACUUGAAAGAUCCGAAAAACUUGUCCACAGAGAUAUCUCGUUUGGCCGUGAAAACUUCCCUAUUAACAGUAUCAAUGCCAUCGAUGAUGAAGGACCACCCCUAGAUUUCCAAUAUGUCACCCAGAGUGUCGAAACCACUCCUCUCAAUAUCAACAGGGUAAUUUCUAGCUUGCAGAGUUGCAACUGUCAGGACAGUUGUGCUUCUAUGUUAUGUGUGUGCAGCAGGAACAGCGUCCAAUGCUGGUACGACCAGAUGGGUCGCCUUGCCCAAGAAUUCAACCAACUGGAGCCUCCCUAUAUUUUUGAGUGCAAUAGAAAUUGCCGCUGUUGGACCACAUGUAACAACCGGGUCGUGCAAAAUGGCAUUGUAUGUCGUCUGCAACUAUUCAAAACCAAAGGACGAGGUUGGGGUGUGAAGACCUUACGUGACAUCCCUCAGGGUGUCUUCAUUUGCGAGUACAUUGGAGAGUUGAUCUCAGAUUCAGAAGCUGAUCGUAGAGAAGAUGACUCUUAUCUUUUUGAUCUGGAUAAUAAGGAUGGUGAGACAUAUUGUAUCGAUGCCCGUCGCUAUGGUAACAUCAGCCGUUUUAUCAAUCAUCUAUGUGAACCGAAUGUGAUCCCUGUUAAGGUAUUUGUUGAUCACCAAGACAUGCGCUUUCCACGGAUCUGUUUCUUUGCAUCCCGAGACAUCAAAGCCGGAGAAGAAAUGGGCUUCGACUACGGUGAGAAGUUCUGGGUGAUCAAGUGGAAACAGUUUACCUGUGCGUGUGGUUCGCCUAAAUGUAAGUACUCUGCUGAUACCAUCCGACAGACGUUGGAGGAGUACCGUCUACGACACGGGGAAGACGACACUCCACAGGAGUCAUGAAACAAUCUCAGUUGACCGGGCAGACAGCUGUGUGGACAAUUAUAUAUAUAUAGCAGUUAUGAUGGUGAUGACGAAGACGACUUGAAGAUGAUUACGAUGACAGUGGUGAUGAUCAUGAUGUUAAUUGGUAAAACUAAAUCUCUUGACCAAAAUAAUGGAACAAAAUGUAAAAAUUUAAAUGGAAUUAAGACGAUUUUGAAAAAUGUGAAACGUUGAAAUGAUUCUUUUCGACAGAAUGUGAGCUCUGUGUUAAUGUUUUGGUGUUGCUGUCUCCAGAGCUGGGGCAGUGUGGUCUCACAUCUUUCAAUGUUGGAUUGCUUGUUGAGAGAGAGAGAGAACAGCAGGAGCAAUGGGGGCAGAAGGAUUAUGUAGGAUUAAAUACCUGCACAAAACACGUUUGUCCUAAAUGUGUGUGUGUAUAUAUGUAUAUAUAUAUAUAUACACACACAUACAUACACAAUUAUCAAAAUUUAUAUAAUUGCAUUUGUGUAUGCAUGCAUGUGUAUGUGUGUGUGUAUAUAUAUAUAUAUAUAUAUACACACACACACAUAAAUAUACAAUCCACUCACUCCUCAGUUGUGUGUGUAUGUAUAUAUGUAUGUGUGUAUAUAUAUAUAUAUAUAUAUAUAUAUAUAUACGCAUGAAAAUUUUUACUGUCAACCUUUUUACUUUUCUUUUCUGACAUUUGAAAUUCCAAUAUUUUCUAUCAAAACAAUCACCACCACUACUACUUCAUUAAUACCCCCUAUUCUACCACCACCACUACUCCUCCUCCUAUCAUCAUCAACACUACUCUUUUGAUGCCAACCAUUGGUGACCACCCCUACUGCUUCUAUGAUUCAAACUUUCCUGUUUCAAAGUGAUCUAAAUUAAAUCCUUCCAUCAAAAUCUCAUAUUAAUUUAUGUUCCAAACUCCAGCUUAAAUAACGACAAAAUUAUUUUAAUAAAUUCAUUAUUUUCAAAAUUCAUUGAAACAAAGACUGUUUUCCGACAGAAAAAAAUGUAACUAAAGUGUUGUUUGUGGUCAGUUGGUCAAUCAUCAAAUUGUGUUGAGAUAAAGGUUGGAGUUUGUUGUUUCACAUUUCUGCACUUGACCACAACAGGCCUCUGUCUGUUCUGGUUAAACUUUGUUCUAAUUGGUCAUUGAAUGUGUGUGUGUGAGUGUGUUAUGGUCAACAAACCUGGCAGGAGAAACAGAUUGACCAAAACUGCCAAAAAUCUGUUUAAUUUGUCUUUUUUGCCCCCCCCCCCUAUUUUAUUGAAAUUGAGUGUGAGUGGUACCUUGAAUGUGAGUGUAAGCAUUAAUGUAAAUAAUUAGUGAACUCAUUCAUAGCUUGAGUGAGAGAGAGACGUGUGUGUGUGUGUGCAUUUGGCAAACGAAUGCAAGAACUUUUUUAUGUUUCUCAUCAUCCCACCCUCACCCCGUCCCCUACGCAGACAGUAGCAGGAAUCUGGAUUUUGGUGAAUGCUUCAGUGACAGUUGUAUGGGUGGUGGUUGAUGACAGCUGAUGUAUGAGGCUGCAGUUUAGGACUUUUGUUUUAAUUGGAUUGGGAAGAGGUGGGAGGGAGGGAAAUAUUUUAACAAACCCCUAAAACAGUUGAUGUAUGAGACCCCCCCCCCCUCGCAAACCAAAGGAACUUAAUGGAUUGUCAAGUAUUUUUGUUGAAAGAGAAUCAGUUCUAACUGGAGGAGGGUAGAUCCAGCUUCAUUCCAUCGAGGGCGGACACUGCUCCACUCCAUUGAGGGUAGUCACUGCUCCAUUUUGUUGAGGGUAGACUUAACCCCAUCUCCAUCCUGCAAGUGCUGAACACCCACAUCCCACCAACUCUUAUUCUCCAAAACAUCCUGAAACAUUUUCAAGAAUUUCUGAUGACUUGACACUUAUUAACAUUUCAGAAAUUCCAUUUUAAUGUAGAAUAUUUCCAAUAACCAAUAAAAUUAUUAUAAUUGACCCAUAAUUUAAAAUGUAACCAACUUUGGAGUAAGAAUAUGGUAGAUACCAUAUCAUCCACUUCAGGAACUUUGAUGCCAAUGUAGACUGUUGACUUUUCUCAGCAAAUAGAAGUUGUCUGUGGCUCUCACAAGACAACCUUCUGUUAUCAUGUCUACACUCAGUUUAAAUCCUACCAAAAAUAUAUGUUCCUUAAUUGGUGUAUUAAUUAGGGCUCAUUAAAUUGACCCCACUUAGCCCUCAUUUAAGAAAUUCUGAUGAAGACAACCAACUGAUUGAUCAUGGUUUCAUGUUGAAGUCACCUCCAUGCACACACAUGGGUUGUGUGGUAGGUGUGAGAGGCCUAUCUGGUCAGUUUGACCAAAGUUUGAGAGAAAACGGCCUGCAGCAAGGGACUGGGGCUCUGAGCCCCUUCUCUCCCAUUGUCUUACAUGUAAUCCAGCUAAAUCCCUCUGAAAUCAUACCCUGCUCUCCUUCACAAAGGAAAGGAUAUGUUAUUAAUGUAGUUGUAAAUGGGACGGCCAUGACUGGGUUGUCUGAUCAGAAUGAAAAACUGACUCUCAUGUCUGCAUGUUUAAUGGUUACCUGUUACAGUGUGUGUGUGUGUGUGGGGGGGGGGGCGCAUUAGUGUCAUGUGCUACCCUCAGUAUUUCUGAGCCAGUGUCAGAUUGAAAAAAUUACAUGACCUACGCUGUGGACAACCCAAAUGACCACCACCACUGAGUGUCCGUAAGAAGAGGACUGUUGAAAUAGCAAACCACUACAAAGAAUCAUAUUAAUGAGUUAUGUUGAUGAUGAUGAUGACCAGGGUGUCCCCUCCUCUCCAUCAAGCCACCCCCACUACAAACUUUUGUUUUCAAUUAAACAUUUUCUUUUAAUUACUUUGUUAUCUCCUAAAUUUUGUGUUCUGUUCUCAUGAUGGGAGGGGCAGGACACACAGACAGCUCUCCCCGCUUCAUCUCUCUCUCUCUCUUUCCAACAUUCAGUUCAUUCUGUCGAAAUCUGUCUUAUUGGUCUCAGUCAAUGGGCCACGGCCAUUCUGGGGCAGUUCAAAAGUCACUUGAUUAAAUUUCUUCCUUCCCUCUCCUGCACAAAAACGUUUUUUAUCGACCAAAAUGACUUCGGAAGAAAAGUGAAAAAAAAAAAAAAUACAAAAAAAAAAUAAUAACUUUGAGCUGGGACUCGACAAAA